UGGGUGCACAUAAAAUGCGCAAAAAUAGCCCCUGAAAUCUACGAGGUCUUGAAAAACUACGAAUCAGAAGGGCUCGUGCCCUUUUGUAAUGCGUGCAAAAGUAAUAUCCUUGGCGAGGACGCUGCGGACAUUCCCACCGAUACAGACGAAAACAAAGCCCUCGAAGAAGAUGCGAUAAAUUCAGAUGCGGCGAUGCCAGAUACAAUAGCGGUACCGGCGACGACGCAAAUAGAAAAUCUGGAAAACGGAGGCCCACCUCUCGUGCUUCCUGCUACGGAAAUCGAUGAAAAUGAGGAGUGGAACACACCGAAACCCGCAAAUAAGAAGGCCGAGCUACACGAAGUGCCGAAGGCUUCUACGUCGAAGAUUUCUGCAUCGGCAUCUAAGGCGUCAAAAGAAACAAACAACCCAACUGAUAGAAAGAAAUCACUUCUCUUCUUUAAUGUGCCCGAAUCUGACGGAUUAGAUGCAGUAAUACGUGUGCAGCACGACUCUACGGAAAUAACAAAAAUCACCCUUAAAAUGCCGGACCCAAGUGAUGGACAGGUAUCAAUUGACAGGAAAAAACAACGUAAAGCUGUUGACGAACUCAAAGAACGUCAUGCCGCGGGGGAGAAAGACCUACGCAUAAAAAAUUUUCGGGUUGUCCGGAAGAGGAAAUCCCUCUUCAAACCAUUGCUUGUAAUGGCCCAGGAAGCUCUGAUAGCGUUGUAG